UAAAAAAGUCUUUCAAUAAUUCCUGUUAAUUUAGAUUAACUGAAUGCUUUAUAACCCUUUACAAGACACCUGCGGACCACCUGCUGCUAAGAGUAGUGAACAAUUAAUCAGAGAGGAGAUCAUGAUGGAUGACGUUAUAAAAGAUGAUCCAAAGUCACAAAUCCAAGUUCAAGCCACUAGCAAAGUAUUUAACUGUACAAUGUGUUUUUACAUGUGGCUGAAGUAUAAACAGUAUUUAUUGCCUUGAAUGGAACUCUGCUGACUCUCUCUUAGAACACGUGUUAUAAUGUUCAUUGUUGGGUCAUAAGAAUUUCAUCAUAUCACAAGUCAUACAAACCUCUCCUGUCUGGAUUCAUAAGUUAAAGCUGCCCAAGUAAACGUAUUUGUACGCGUAGAGAAAGCGCGUAACAAGACAAAAGAAAAGAUGGCUGCAAAACAGCUCAGUUCCCUCCUGACUGAAAUGGAGAUUGUGAAAACCCUGAUGAAACUGACCCCAGAGGAGAGACAUAAAGAGGUCAGAAGACGUACGUACAUCGAGCUGAGAGCUGUGGAGAAGGGGCGCAGAGAAAGAAUUGCUCAGGAGAUCGCAGAGAGGUGCAAGAGGGAAAAAGAGGAGAGGGAAAAAGCAAUAGAGAGUCAGAGGAUACAGAAAGAAAAACUUGAGGAGAAGAUAAGGCAGGAACAAGAGCGACUGAGGAAAGAGAGGCUUGAGUGGAAAAGGGUGAUGCGGGUAGAGGAGCAGCUGUGGCUUACAAGUCCCAUGCACAAUUUGACCACUGUGGAAAAUCAGCCAAGAGUGGAAGACGCAGCUAGCCCCAAACGCCUGACCUCUGACCUGAAGGCUAAAGAGCAGGAACCAAUGAAAACUCUGUACAACAAUUGGGUUGGAGAAGAAAAUACAGACAGCAAACCCGUCAAAGAAAAGUCUCACUCAGUCAACUCCGUCUUCUCCCUAUUCACUGUAAAACCAAGCCCCGAGCCUGAAGAAAAACAACCAUCACCAAAAUCUGUGCAGGAGAGGCUGUCGCUGGGCUGCUUGAUUGAGAUGUUUCAGGCCUGCAGCGAGAUAACAGAUGAGUCACACAUUCUUGAAUCAGAGGAGCAAAAUGUGGGAGCCACUCGUGCCGGCAGUGUGACACCAAAGCCAGACACAACAUCCUGAACUCAGUUUUCUGAAUAUUUUGUUUUGUGAC